UCUACCACCCUACCUACCCCUUCCCUCGCUUUCCUGUUGGUGGAGAGCAGAGUCCUUGUUUUUCUUUUUCUCUACCCGGACGCAACCCGACAACUUGUGAAUUCAUGAUCACAUGACUGUGGAUAUGGACGCAGUCCUGUCCGACUUUGUCCGUUCCACUGGAGCUGAACCAGGAUUGGCCAGAGAUCUGCUAGAGGGCAAGAACUGGGACUUCACUGCCGCCCUUAGUGACUUUGAGCAGCUACGACAGGUGCAUGCUGGGAACCUGACAUAUUCGUUCACAGAGGAGAGGACAUAUCUGCCUCCCGAAAAGGAGAUGGCCAGAGUAGGACGGCCUAUACUCCACCGCCAAGAUGAGGUGGUGCAAGCAGCUACCGAGAAACGUCUGUCGAGGGGCAUUUCCCACGCCAGUUCAACCAUCGUCUCCCUCGCCCGCUCUCACGUCUCAAGCACUGGAGGUAGCAGCAGUGAGCCGCUUCUGGACACGCCCCUGUGCACUUUCCAACUACCAGACCUCACCAUGUACCGGGAUGACUUCCGCGGGUUCAUAGAGAGGGAUCUUAUCGAGCAGUCGAUGAUGGUGGCCUUGGAGCAUGCAGGCCGACUGAACUGGUGGACAAAAGUAGUCACAAACUGUCAGAGUCUGCUGCCUUUGGCAACGAGCGGAGACGGAAAUUGCCUGUUACACGCAGCCUCGCUCGGUAUGUGGGGCUUUCAUGACCGAGACCUGAUGCUGCGGAAAUCCUUGUACGCGCUAAUGGAUCACGGGUUGGAGAGAGAGGCACUGAAGCGCAGGUGGAGGUGGCAGCAGACCCAGCAGAACAAAGAGUCUGGUCUGGUGUACACGGAGGAGGAGUGGCAAAAAGAGUGGAAUGAACUGUUGAAGCUUGCCUCUAGUGAGCCGAGAAUACACUACAGCACCAACGGCACCAACGGGGGAGAGUCCUCAGAUGAACCAGUUUACGAGAGUUUGGAGGAGUUUCACGUCUUCGUCCUGGCUCACGUCCUCAGAAGGCCCAUAGUGGUGGUGGCCGACACCAUGCUGAGGGACUCCGGAGGAGAGGCCUUUGCUCCCAUCCCAUUCGGAGGCAUUUACCUACCACUGGAAGUGCCAGCUGCCAAGUGCCAUCGCUCGCCCCUGGUCCUGGCAUACGACCAGGCGCACUUUUCUGCCCUGGUCUCCAUGGAACAGAAGGACAGCUCCAAAGAGCAAGCAGUCGUGAUUCCUCUCACUGACUCGGAGCACAAAAUGCUGCCUCUGCACUUUGCUGUGGACCCGGGGAAAGAUUGGGAAUGGGGCAAAGAUGACACAGACAACGUGAUGCUGGCAAGUGUGGCUCUUUCUUUGGAGGCCAAGCUCCAGAUGCUCCACAGCUACAUGACGGUCAGCUGGCUGCCGCUGCCCUGUGAGCAAGCCCCUUUGGCCCAGCCUGAGUCACCUACUGCGUCGGCAGGAGAGGAUGCCCGCAGCCCUCCUGACUCAGGGGAGUCAGAUAAAGAGUCAGUCAGCAGCAGCUCAAAUGGCAACGGAGACACCACGACAGGAUCAACCGUCAACGGAGGAGGUUCCUUGGCCAAAAAUAGCUCCUCUUCAUCAUCUAGUUCGUCCAGCAGCGGAUCAGCAGGGGCGGGCACAGGAACAGCAGGAAAGGACAAAACCAAGAAGGAGAAGGAGAAGGAUAAAGACAAGAAGAGGGCAGACUCCGUGGCCAAUAAGCUUGGCAGCUUUGGCAAGAGCCUGGGCAGCAAGCUGAAGAAGAAUGUGGGCGGACUGAUGACAGGGAAGAACGCUGGAGCCGGAGGUGCCAAGCAGGAGGGUGGGGAGAAGAAGAAGGGCUCAUUUAGGGGGAGGAAGGGCAGCAAGGAUAGCUCGCCUUCAGCCCACGCCUCAGAGGAUUCUGGGAAAGGCUCCCCCUCCUCAGGUAGCGAGCGUCUCAACGGAACGGGCAGCAGCAUGAGCAGCAGUGGAGGAAGCAGCACUGAGAGCGACACCUACAAAUACAGCGCCGACGUCAAGGUCAGCCUGGGCAUCAUGCGAGCCGCCAUGCAAGGUGAGAGGAAGUUCAUCUUCGCCAGCCUUCUCACCACCAGCAACCGACAGCCCUUCCAGGAGGAGAUGAUCCAACGCUACCUCGCCGACGCCGAGGAGCGCUUCCGGGCCGAGCAAGAUCAACAGCGUCGUGACACAGAGAGGAAGGGUGUCACCAACGGCAUCCAGCCACCCAAGAAGGAGGUGGUCGGUGGUACGGAGCUGACCUACAGGCCAUACGAGGCCAAAGAGGAGCUCUCAGAGAAUCUGUCACCUUCAUUUAACCAACUUAAGCCCUCUCCUUUGAGCCCCUCUAUGUACUCGGGUGUUGUGCCCAUCCCCCGGCCCUCCUUCAUAGACCAGCCCCCUACUGCAGCACCCCUCACCCAGCACCUUCAUAUGCACGGCUACAUGGAUACUCGGCGCCAGCUUGCUGGUGGCUCCCCUGCAACGUCGUACCCCGGCCUCCCCUCGUACGCUACCCUUCCCCGGCACUGCCCCACGACGCAGGGUCCCUCCCAUCUUCAAUACAAUAACUCACAACAAGGCCCCUCUUCCCUGAGCCCCUCUCGCCUCGCACCCUCGUAUCCCCCCGAGUUCGACCCACCAGACUACCCUGUGUCUGAACCCACUGGUGGGAGCUACACUAACGGCUUCCGGGACAUGCGCUCCAACCUGGACUCUCGGAGCGGACUGCCCCCAGUCAGACACUACUCUCUGGGCAGUGCCGGCGGUUUGGCCAGCCUUCAGUCUAGCCGCUGUCGGACACCCACCUGCACCUUCUACGGACACCCCGAGACGGGCCACUACUGCUCCUACUGCUACCGGGAAGAGCUGAAGAAGAGGGAGACAGAACCAGCCAUCCACAAGUUCUGAACGGACCUUGCCAUGGUUUAAAUUUGAUGAGUGGCCUUUUUCAGCUUAACAAAACAAAAAACAAAAACAUAAUAAAAAUGGUUAGGGCACAUCAGCCUCUGAAUGGACAAGAGAAAGGCACAACCAGCUCUCUCCCUUCUAAGCUGUGUCACUUCCUGUUGGGGAUAGACGACGGCGUCAGAAAGCGGCACAGAGUCAACACGACACCAGACUAAACAGGGUGGUUUCUGACUGCUGGGGGUCACACGUUUGACCAUAGAUUUAACUAACUGCACUUCUGUUACAUUUUGCUGUGGCUCUUAUGCAGGCGUUGUGUAUGAGUGUAUGUGUGUGUGUGUGUGUGUG